AUGGCUAACCAGGCUCGCGUCGAUUCUAUCCAGGACAACAUCAACCGUGUCACUCGCUCCAUCAAGUACCCUUGCAAGCCCGAUGGCAAGCCCGUCUACACCUCCGAGUUCUUUGGUGAGAACGUCUUCCACCUCCAGCAGAUCGCCAAGGCCCUCCCCAAGCCUGCCUAUGCCUCCUUCCUUAAGCAGAUGCGCGGUCGCCAGGCUCUCGACAAGGGCACCGCCGAUGCCAUCGCCCACGCCGUUCGCAUUUGGGCCAUGGACCGUGGCGCCACCCACUUCACCCACUGGUUCCAGCCCCAGACCGGCACCACUGCCGAGAAGCACGAUGCUUUCCUCUCCUUAAAGUCUAGCUUCUCCGCCAACGGUGAAGAGCACGAAGCAGGGACGACCCCCGAGGUCGAGUCGAUUCAAGUCACUGCUAUCGAUGCCUUCUCUGGCACUCAGUUGCUCCAGGCCGAGCCCGAUGCAUCGUCCUUCCCCUCCGGAGGCAUGCGUACCACCUUCGAGGCCCGUGGAUACACCGUCUGGGACACCACCUCGCCCAUGUUCAUCCAGGAGGGUCCCCACGGUACCUCCGUCCUCUACAUCCCCUCCGUCUUCAUCUCCUACAACGGUGAUGCCCUCGACGAGAAGACCGUUCUCCUCCGCUCCACCGCCCAGAUCGCCAAGUCGGCCACCGAGCUCUUGAACUUGAUCGACCCCGUCCCAGUUGGCGCCCAGCCCCGCACCAGCCACGUCUUCACCACCCUCGGAACUGAGCAGGAGUACUUCUUGGUCGACCGCUCCCUCUACGCCCUCCGUCCCGACUUGAAGCACACCGGCCGCACCUUGGUCGGCAACUUGCCCCCCAAGCACCAGCAGAUGGACGACCACUACUUCGGUCGCAUCCCCUCCAAGGUCCUCGCCACCAUGUCCGAGGCCGAGCUCGAGCUCUUCCGUCUCGGAGUCCCCGUCAAGACCCGCCAUAACGAGGUUGCUCCCCAGCAGUUCGAGUUGGCCCCCAUCUUCGAGGAGGCUUCAUUGGCCGUUGACCACAACCUGUUGACCAUGGAUGUUCUCUCCAAGGUCGCCCACAAGAACAAGCUCAAGGUUCUUUACCACGAGAAGCCCUUCAAGGGUGUCAACGGAUCCGGCAAGCACUGCAACUGGUCCAUGUCGACCGACCGUGGCGAGAACUUGCUCGACCCCACCGUCAAGCCCGAGACCAACUACCGCUUCUUGCUCUGCCUCGUUGCUAUCCUUCACGCCGUCCAGCAGCACGGUGGUCUCCUCCGUACCUCGAUCGCUUCCUCCUCCAACGAGCACCGUCUCGGUGCCUGCGAGGCUCCCCCAAUGAUCGUCUCUGUCUUCUUGGGUGAGCACUUGACCGAGGUCCUCAACUCCAUCGAGGAGUCCCGCCCCAUCAAGAACUUCUCCGUCCCCGAGAUCCAGACCAUCAGAUUGGGCGGUACCACCUUGGAUGUCCAGGUUGCAUCCCUCCCUACCAUCUCCCGUGACUUGACCGACCGCAACCGUACCUCCCCCUUCGCUUUCACCGGUAACAAGUUCGAGUUCCGUGCCGUCGGCUCCAAGCAGUCCCCUGCCUUCCCCGUCACCAUCCUCAACGCCGCCGUUGCCUCUGCCCUCCAGGACGUCACUGAGGCCCUCCGUACCCAGAUGGGUGACAAGCCCUACCCCUCGGAUGCCGACAAGGUCGCCGUCAUCAAGCAGUUCAUUGCCUCGACCAAGGCUGUCCGCUUCGAGGGCGAUGGUUACUCAGAUGCCUGGAUCGAGGAGGCCGAGAAGCGUGGUCUCCCCAACAUCAAGACCUCGCCCGAGGCCUUUGAGCAGCUCUUGAACCCCGUCCACUCAGACAUGUUGACCAAGCUUGGCAUCUUCACCCAGUCCGAGCUCCAGUCUCGCCACCUCAUUCUUCAGGAGCGUUACUCCAAGGACUUGCUCGUCGAGGCCACCACCCUCAGCACUCUCUUGGCUUCCCAGAUCUUGCCCGCUGCUUUCGAGUACCGCGGUUCCUUGGCCCAGACUGUCCAGGUCUUGAAGACCAUCGAGGGCGAGGAGGCUUCCCCCGAGCUGGCUGCCCUCCAGGCCUUGACCCCCGUCGUCAAGGAUCUCCAGGCUGCCAUUGCUCAGUUGGAUGAUACCGUCCACAAGAUGCACCUCGUUGGUGACGACCCCGUCGAGGAGGCCAAGUUCGCCUGCGCCAACGUCUUGCCCGCCAUGAACAACGCCCGUGCCGUCGCCGACAAGCUCGAGGUCUUGACUGCCGACAAGUACUACCCCAUCCCCCACUACAGCGAGCUCUUGUGGUUCUAA